UGCUGCAACUAAACCUGCAGCAACUAAACCUGCAGCAACUAAACCUGCAGCAACUUGGAUUUAAGCUGUAGAGGUCUAACAACCAUCAUGUUGCUUCAGCCUGAGGGAAACUACAGCAACUACAUGAACGGCAACUAGCAACCACACUGUUGAUGUGUAAUCAUCACCGUGUUGCUUCGGUGUGACACGACAGCAACUCAGCCUGCAACUGCAUCUACGGCAACGGUCAACUCAACAAUCCAUCGUCCAGCAGAUGGGCGUCCUCCCAGACCGUCAGACUGAUCAGCUGAUCUGGAGUCAGGUGAAGACGACAGCCAAUAGAAUGAGCCUGCUGAAGGAGGCGGAGCCUGGCCGGGAGAUGGAAGCCAAGGUGCAGACCUGGGCUCAGUCUCUGGUUUACACUCUGGAGGAGCUCGAGUGUAAAAUCUGCUAUAACCGCUACGACACUCGCAGCCGGAAGCCCAAACUGCUCGGCUGUCUGCACCGAGUCUGUGCCAAGUGUCUGAAGAAGAUGGUCGACAUGGGAGAGUCCUCGCCGUCUGUCAUCUGCUGUCCAUUCUGUCGCCACGAGACCUACGUCCCCGACGAGGAGGUUUGGUUGAUGGAGGACGACCGACACAUCCUGGCUGUUCUGUCUUGUCAGGACCGAGCCCGUCGAGGGGGAGGUGGAGGAGGGGGCGAGGUGGUGCUGAGUCCAAACAGUCUGACCGGAAGAGGAGGCGUGGAGUCGUCCCACCACUCCUCAGACUGUCUGGUCAUCACCAUCAUGGAGCUCCCCGAGGAUUCUCCGUCCUCGGACUCCCUGAGCAUGCUCAACGUGGUGGGUCUGUACCGCCCCCGCCUCGACUCGCUGCCCUGCAACCUGCCGGCUCAAAAGUGUCGCGCCUGGACGUCCCGCAGCUUCCGCUGCCUGCUGGGGGCGCUCUGCCUGGUGUACUUCAGCUCUCUGCCUCUGGGGAUUUACCUGCUGAUGAUUGGUCAGCUGUGGCUCGGCGUGGUCCUGGUGAGUCUGGUUCCCUCCACGCUGCUGCUGCUCGUCCUCUACGGCUUCUGUCAGUGUCUGUGUCACGAGCUGAUGGAGGCGCUCGCCGCACGCACGCACGCGCUGCCGUGA